UAUGCUUACCAUCAUACUGUAUUUUGCUUUUGAGUUUUGGGGUUUUUGAUUGUGUUUGGCCUGAUUGAAUGGAUUGGAUACUUAUUAAAUUCCAUUUUAUUGCCAACGUUUGUGUUUUUUUAAUUUAAUUGGUGGUUAUAAUUUUCAACUAUUUUAUUGUAAAAUCGAUAUGUACAGAACAGAAAUGGGUGACAAUCCUAAUAGGAAUUGUCUUUAUGUAACCAAUUUCGGAGGAGAUGUUGACAGAAGGAAACUUCUGACUGAAUUUAGAAAAUUUGGAGACGUUAGAAAACUUUAUCUUGACCCAUUGGGAGAAUUCGCUAAAGUAUUUUUUAUAGACAGACAAUCUGCUGAAGCGGCGGUUAGCGCGCUACAGAAUUCAGUUUUAAACUGGCAGGUUACUUUUGAUACUUGGCAGAAUAACAGCAAAACAAACAAUAUGGCACAUUACGGGGAUGACUACGAGGAUGAUGACUUUUCUGAGAACUUUGAUUACUGCAACGUCCAUGGACAGCCUUUGGUGGUAUUACAAGCAGAUUCAGGAGAUCUUUAUGUUAAUUUGAAAGACAUCAGAAAAACUGGAUUUACUCUCUUUAGGAGGGACACCUUUGAUUCUGUUCUCGUAGAUAAUAGGCAAAUAGGAAAAGAAUUUGAAUUACAUCUGCUAUCUGAAGCUAAAAACUAUAUUUUGAAAAAUCGAGUAGCCUCUAUAGAUGAAGAUCAAAUUUUAAAAACCAUAGAAAGAUGUAAGAACAAACUUCUAGGUGGCACCGCUGGCAACAAUUUUGGUAUAGGACGAUCUGUUUCACAGUCCUCGAAUACUAUAACGGUAAUCUCGAAUGUUCAUCAGAGUGAGGCUAGUGCGCCUCUGUUGUCGGAGAGUGUCCCUCAGAGGCCUCCUAGGACCUUGCCUAAUAAUUUCAUGCCGACCCAGGUUCACAGAGGCGAUAAACAAAAGGGACCUAAUACCCAAAAUCAGCAGCAGAGUAAUAGAGGUAGAAGAGACAAUUCGAGGUAUAACGGCUUUAAAGGGUCAAAUUCUAGCCCAAAAACCGAAGAAAGUUUUAAUUCCGGCAGUUCUUCCGACACAAAAGACAACGUUAGGAAGUCUGGAGGAUUUGAGUCGGGAAAUAAACAGAGAAGUCCCAAGGAGAGAAAAGAAGAACUGACUAGAGUUACGCUUGAAUUGAAAACUGCAUAUGACGUUACGGUUUCGUACAAAGAAGAAAAAGAAAAUAUCUGCUGGGUCCAAGACAAGAGAUAUGCAAAAGAACUUGAGGAGGUUAUUAUAAAAGUAAACGAGGUGGCAGAUGCCUUGGAGCCUAUAAAUCCUGUACUGGGUCGACUGGUUAUUGCUGAAUAUGAUGGGGCGUGGAAUCGUGGUCGGGUUUCUAGUGUCGAUCCACUAAUUGUCACGUUCAUAGAUUAUGGAAAUAAAAACCCCGUGGAUUUAGUGAAAGCCUUGCCAGAUUCCCUGAAAACUAUUCCAAUGUUGGCAAAUAGAAUUGCUAUUGAUAGUAAUGAUAAGCACCUAGUAGUGAAAGAAUUUACGGACUUGAAGAUCUUUGUAAAGCAAAAGUAUGACAAGGGCACAUACGUGGUAAGCCUCUUGAUUAAUAAUGGUCAAAAAGUAAACGAAGAUCCUUCAUCUUCAAAACCGAGCGAAAGGAGUUCGAGCGUGUCUAAAAAUAUUCCGGAUGUACUCUGUGAAAAACCGUCGCCUUCCGAAGAACCUCCAGAGACACCCAAACAGAAAACUUACUGCGUUAUUCCCAAGCCUUCGACUGAUCUUCACAAUGGGGAUAUGGUAAUGCUGGUCGAUGUCGACACUAACAAGUUCCUCGUGAGAACUAAAGAGUGUGCCGUAAAGAGUAAAACUAUCACUGACUACAUAAAGAACUUGGAUAAGAUGCCUUUGACCAAUGUGAAAGUGGGCCAGCUUGUACUCUCCAGCAAAGAUGGUUUUGCUGGUUUAUUCAGAGCUGUAGUAGUCAAACUUGACAACGACCUGAUAGUGACUGUGAAAUACAUCGAUUUUCCCGGCGAAGCUGAUCUAUCGGUUAAGUCCCUCAGGAACAUCGAUGACUUUUUAGCCGCCGAACCUGCCACUAUAUUAGUUACAAAAGAAUUCAAAGGUCUUGAGGAUAUGAACGAGGAAGCCGCCGAGUAUGUCUCAACGAUCUGCCAAAAUAGAGGAAAAUUCAAAGUAAUCUUAUCCGGGGAUAAUUUUGAUCUGCAAGCAACCAAUGGAAGUUUACUCUCGCAAACAUUGCAGGAUUUCAAAACUCCAAAGCCAGUUUUAGUAGAAGAGCCAGCAGUCGUACCAGAAGCUUCUAAGAAACCAAUUGAAACCGAAGAAAUUAAACCUCCAGCUGCAAACGACGAGAAAGUCCUUUAUGACGAAAUGGAUUGGAUUAAAAUCGAACCGGGCACCUAUUCGCUCAUGUGUUACUGUGUUCAGGAUAUAGACGACAUAACUUUUCUAUCUUCCACUGACGAGGUUAUAGGGUAUUUGGAGACGAUUACCAGCGUUAUGCCUACCGAUGAGGUGCCCUACAAGCCCAAAGCUUCCGAAAUGUGUCUCGUGUCAUACAAGGGGCCUGAAGAUGAUGAAGCUACGUGGUACAGAGCCGUGGUACUCUCCGAAGAAGAAGAUAAAUAUACCAUAAGUUUUGUAGAUUUCGGUAACAUAGAAUGUACAAAAAGUGAGAAUAUAAGGAGGUUUCCUGCUAAUUUGAAGGACAUACCUAUUUUGGGAAUAGGCUGUUCAUGUACUGGGCUUCCCAAGAAGCAGCAGAUCGUAGACCGUUUAAAACAAUUGAUUUCAGAAGGCACCCAGGUAGACGUGGUCGUCAAAGGACUUGACGGUUUGAAAUAUCAAAUCGAGAUGCCAGAAAUUUAUAAACAGCUAAAAGCGGAGAACCUUUUUUAAUUUUUAGGGUAGAAUACAAAGAGACACUUUUAUAAAUUGUUUCUUCCCUUUAUCAAAACGUGACAUAUGUUUGAACAAGACUUAAAAGAUGUUGAUUUUUUUAAUAUUAGGAAUAUUUUUGUGACAACCAACGCAUGUAAAGGAAAUAUGUAUGUUGAAUUGGCAUAAUGAAAAGUUAUAUGACAUACAAAUUCAUUUUUCAACCUUUUUUAUUUUUCAUAAAGCAAACAACUAUUAA